GGCCCGGAGCCUGGAGGCAGCUCAGGACGGACAUCCCUGUUGCGGGGCUUAAGCUCCGUCAGACUGGGGGCGCCACUUCCGCUGACGUCGGCGGCGGCGACACGUGGAUGCAAGAUGGCGGUGGCGAUGGGCUGGUUGCUGCCGCAGGCCCUCGGACUUCUCUCUCUUAUUUGUGGAACAAGCUCCUUCUAUGUCCCUGGGGUUGCACCAAUCAACUUCCACCAGAAUGACCCUGUAGAAAUCAAGGCCGUGAAGCUGACAAGUUCUCGAACUCAGCUGCCCUAUGAAUAUUACUCACUGCCCUUCUGCCAGCCCAAGAAGAUAACAUAUAAGGCAGAGAAUCUUGGAGAGGUGCUGAGAGGGGAUCGGAUUGUCAACACCCCUUUCCAGGUGUUAAUGAACAGUGAGAAGAAAUGUGAGGUUCUGUGUUACCAGCCCCGAAAGCCCGUGGUGCUGACAGUUGAACAGAGCAAACUUGUGGCUGAACGCAUCAAUGAGGAUUAUUAUGUCCACCUCAUUGCAGAUAACUUACCUGUGGCCACUCGGCUGGAGCUGUACUCAAACCGGGAUGAUGAGGGCAAGAAGAAGGAGAAGGAAGUGCAGUUUGAACAUGGCUACAGGCUGGGCUUCUCAGAUGCCUCAAAGAUCUAUCUACAUAAUCAUCUUUCCUUCAUCCUUUACUAUCACAGAGAGGAUGUAGAAGAAGAUCAGGAGCACAAUUACCGUGUCGUCCGCUUUGAGGUGAUUCCCCAGAGCAUCAGACUGGAGGACCUCAAGGUGGAUGAGAAGAAUUCAUGUACCCUGCCUGAUGCUGCAGGCUCUGCCCCGCAAGAAAUUGAUCCCACGAAGGAAAAUCAGCUACUGUUCACCUAUUCUGUGCACUGGGAGGAGAGUGAUAUCAAAUGGGCCUCCCGAUGGGAUACCUAUCUGACCAUGAGCGAUGUGCAGAUCCACUGGUUUUCCAUCAUUAACUCUGUUGUGGUGGUCUUCUUCCUCUCAGGUAUCCUCAGUAUGAUCAUCAUCCGGACUCUCCGAAAGGACAUUGCCAACUAUAACAAGGAGGACGACAUUGAAGACACCAUGGAGGAAUCUGGCUGGAAAUUGGUACAUGGUGAUGUCUUCAGGCCCCCCCAGUAUCCCAUGAUUCUCAGCUCCCUGCUAGGCUCUGGAAUUCAACUCUUCUGUAUGAUACUGAUCGUCAUCUUUGUUGCGAUGCUGGGAAUGCUGUCUCCCUCCAGCCGGGGUGCUCUAAUGACCACAGCUUGUUUCCUUUUCAUGUUCAUGGGAGUUUUUGGUGGAUUUUCAGCUGGUCGUCUGUACCGGACCCUGAAGGGUCAUCGGUGGAAGAAAGGAGCCUUCUGUACGGCGAUGCUGUAUCCUGGGGUGGUCUUUGGCAUCUGCUUUGUGCUGAACUGUUUCAUCUGGGGGAAGCAUUCAUCAGGAGCGGUGCCAUUCCCUACGAUGGUGGCCUUGCUGUGUAUGUGGUUUGGGAUUUCUCUGCCACUGGUAUACCUGGGCUAUUACUUUGGAUUCCGCAAGCAGCCUUAUGAUAACCCUGUGCGCACCAACCAGAUUCCCCGGCAGAUCCCUGAGCAGCGGUGGUACAUGAACAGAUUUGUGGGUAUCCUAAUGGCUGGGAUCCUGCCCUUUGGAGCCAUGUUCAUUGAACUCUUCUUCAUCUUCAGCGCAAUCUGGGAGAAUCAGUUCUACUAUCUCUUCGGCUUUCUGUUCCUCGUAUUUAUCAUCCUGGUUGUGUCCUGCUCCCAGAUCAGCAUUGUCAUGGUGUACUUCCAGCUCUGCGCUGAGGAUUAUCGCUGGUGGUGGAGAAAUUUCCUGGUUUCUGGAGGCUCUGCUUUCUAUGUCCUGAUUUAUGCCAUUUUUUACUUCGUUAAUAAGCUGGACAUCGUCGAGUUCAUUCCCUCCCUGUUAUACUUCGGCUACACGGCCCUCAUGGUCCUGUCCUUCUGGCUGCUCACCGGCACUAUCGGCUUCUACGCAGCCUACAUGUUUGUCCGCAAAAUCUAUGCAGCAGUGAAAAUAGACUGAACGUGAAACUCACUCGGCACAAAGAGACAGACCUGUGCGUUUCCUGCCAGGAAGGAAGGGGGAUUUCUUUCCCUGGUCUCCAAAGGAAACCAACCAAUGGGGAUUGAUGAGUGAAAUAAAAAAACUCCUGCUCGUUUGGAAUGUCAUUUUUGGCACAGUGUUCAUGGAUCCUGGGGCUACAUGGGGUGGGAGGGAUGUGUAGAUAAAUCUUGCAUUUUAUCAUAUUAUUCCAGUUCUGUGGGGGGCUUUUUUUUUUUAAUUUAUAAAGCUAAGAAAUGCCCCUCCGUUCAUAAUUCUUUGGCUUGUUUUUUCUUCCCUCAAUUUUACACAACUGGAUUUGAGAUUGGAAACAGGAGUCUCCAGGACACUGAGUUUUGGUCACCAGGGCUCUUGAUUUGGGGAGAGCCUUUCCAUCUCCUGCUCCCAGAAACUACCUGGAAGAGGAAAUCUUGAGACACCCGGGGCAUUUUUGAGGCUGCUGCUUUUCAUCCAUUUGACGGGGUUCUGACGAUCAUCCCCUAUUGUGUUUUCUGUGGAUCCUUGUGAGUGCAGUACCCACUCUGGAGAUGGGUCAUUCUGUCUCCCCAGCAGCAAGUGCCCUCUGCCUCCAUCUUCCACCCAUCCUGCUUCUUCCUUUCCCCUCCCCAGGCUGGGACCCUGGAUGUUCAGAGACAGAGGCAAGGCAAGAGCUUGGUGAUGCCCUCUCCAACAACUAAAACUCAAGCCCUGUCCAGUGGCCAGAGGAAGGUCAGAGUUGAGCACCAGCACCCAUAAUACGAGGGAGAAAAACCCAGAUGCCGGGAUGACGACAUUCUCUGGGCAGCGGGGAUCUCCCCGUCUUGGGGACUGGAUGAGAGGAAGAGGCCUUCACACAAACCAAUCAGUGUUUUUGUGGUGCCAAGAAACAUAUGACUGAGCAGUGAGCCUUCCUUUGUUGCUAUGGGAGGGGAGGACUUUGGUGAGUGGGUGGGUGGGGAGGCUUUGAGUCCAUUUCCCCACUUCACUAUCACUUAGGGAGUCAUCUCUAUUAUUCAAAAGGGCUGCACUUUUACAUAUGUUUUGGUAGCUGUUCUCACUACUGUUUUUAGGCCCUCAAGUUCUCUUGUGGAUAGGACAAGAAAAAAAAAACUGGUUUCCUUGUUUUAGCUCAUUUUGGUGGCAGGUUGGCUGAGGAAGAGGAAAAGGCCUUCCUCCAGUCUACAGGCUGUAUCUUAUAACCAGCUUCCCUCUCCCAGGCCCCCAUUCCAUCUAUUCCCCAGGCUUCAGAGCCAAAUCUGAAUUCUCAUUGUUCUCCUUUGGAACAGUCACAGCCACUAAAUUAAAAUGGAGAGCAAUGAAGAAGGAAGGUGAGUUCGCAUCUUCCCCAAAUAUCAGUGAGAGAACGGGAAGCCCUUCCCCAUCUUUCUUCUUUGCGGCAGGCAAGGCAUUUUGACAUGUGUGGCCCGUCUGCAGACAGAGACCUUAAUCAUUCAUACGGACCUCAUAAGAAUAGUUCUGUUUCUGCCCUGACCAAUUUCCCUGUUGUUAUGUUGUAAGAGACCAAGCCCAUACCAGAAUUAAUACCUGGAUGGGGUGUAUUUGGGAUUUUUCUCUUGCCCCAUUUCCUUCUCACUGGUUCCCACCACAGAACAAAGCUCAGGGUUGUUUAUAGAUGGCUGAUUGAUUUAACUCCUAUUUUAAGAGAGAAGUGAGGUUCCCCUCUAAUUUCUCCCAGCCCCCUCACCCCCCACCAGCUAAAACCAUUGAACCUACUUUACAAUCUUGCCUAAUAACUCUUUGGGGUUACUUUGUAACACCAGGGUUGGAUCAGCCAAGGAUCAAGAUGGGAAAGGGGAACCAGGGGACAAUCGUUAACUGUGAUUUGGAAUCUUUAAUUCAUUUAGAUAUGGGAUAUUCUCUCUAAGAGAUAAUGUUGGGAUGGACUCCUCAUGGAGAAGUUCAAACCAUCAUAGGUUUUUCUGACUUUUUUUAUGGUUUUUAAUUUUUAAUUAAUAUGUGUAUCUUUUUGUCCUGUUGUAAAUAAAUAUGCCAUUGUCCUGUU